AUGACAGCACCUUGCCCCGAGUUCUGCACCUGCUGUUUCAAUGGAUCCGAAGAUCAAUUUAUAAUCGACUGCAGAAGCAAAACCUUAGAAACAUUUCCCAAUUUACCGAAUAAUAUAAUUGGUGACUCUUCACUUCUUCUGGAUGAUAAUGACAUCGAAACUCUCUCAACCAUAUCCCUGCGGAACUCCACUUUGGGAGAACUGCACUUGAAGAAUAACAGUCUAACUCAUCUUCAUUUGGAUCAACUCCCAUCCAAUCUCAAAGUUCUUGAUAUUCGGCAAAACAACUUAACAGGACUGGAUGACGAUGUGACACAGUUUGUAUCAAACUUAAAAGAGAUUCAACUAUCGGAAAAUCCCUGGCAAUGCAGUUGUAAGUUCACCAAGUUUCUUGCCUACCUCAGAAGGAGUUAUCUCCCAGAAUACCAAGCUGCUUUAAGACGUUGCAGUGGACAAGAAUAUUGCCCCGAUCCGUGCACCUGUUGCAGAGAAGAUGAUAGCAAGAGGUUUAUAAUCAACUGCAAUAGUUUGGAAUUGAAAGAGAUACCCACUAAGCUACCCAUAACAGAAAAUACCACCCUUCUGUUUGAAAAUAACAACUUACAGACCUUGGACAGGUCCACCAAAGUCGAGGGCUUUGAUCAACUGAAACAACUUCAUCUAAGGUACAAUAACAUAACAAAUAUAGAGAUUCUGCCAGAGAAUAUUGAAUUGCUCGAUAUAAGAAAUAAUUCUUUAUUGACUUUAAAUGAGAACCUAAGAGAACUUUUAAUCCGAAAAGCGAAAAAUUCCCAUCUGACUAUGUUUAUAUCUGGUAAUCGAUGGAUUUGUCAUUGCAAAGAAAUACAUUUUUUCCGAUUUACCAAGAAUCUGGCAGAGAAUAUCAUUGAUCUGUGUAAGACAGAAUGCCAUGAUUCCAGAUUGUUAGUUUCCCUGGAGGAGAAGGAUCUAUGCCCUGAAAAAAUUCAGUUCUAUGUCAUCUACUUCACAACAUUCAUAAUAUUGAGUUGCCUGUUAAGUAUCCUGCAAUGCUUUUGGAAGUCCAUACCCAUGUGGUUAUACGAGAAGAGACUAUUCCUGAAACUGACUACUCGUCUGGAGAAGGGCAACGAGACGAAGUACGAUUGUUUCUUGGCCUACUGCCACAAGGAUUCACAUUUCGUAAGGGAGUACGUCGAGAGAUUGGAGCAUGGACGUAACCGACUUUGUUUGUGCUUCUACGAAAGAGAUUGGUUGGCUGGUGAACCGAUUCCCGAUUGCAUUUGCCACUCUGUAGAGAAUUCCAAGUGCACAGUCAUUCUAAUGACCAAAAACUUCCUGAAAUCUGUUUGGGGCCGUUUGGAAUUCCGCUUGGCACUUCAUGCCACUUCCAAGGAUCAGCACAAGCGGCUCAUUGUGAUCAUCUAUCCGGGUGUGGAGAACUUUAAUAAUCUCGAUGGGGAAUUACAAAGCUACAUGAAACUGAAUACAUAUCUGAUGCGAAAUGAUGUCAAUUUCUGGAGUAAACUUGUCUAUGCCUUGCCCCACAAGAUGGAAGAUGGCAUGGACUUGAUUAAUAUAGCACCUUAAACUUACAAUUUAUAUAUCGUUUGAAUGCUUUACCAUUAUUUGUUACAUAAUUAGA